UAGAAGUUUACCAAUAAAUAUUCCACCUCUCUACCGGUUUACCCGUUUAUGAUCUUGUGCCAUUUCCCUCUGAAAAAUCUCAAUUUUCAGUACCAGAUAAGGCAAAGAGUGAGAUCCAUCAACUUGAAGCUUUGCAUAUGGGUAGUCAAACAGAGGCAAUACCUCUUCUUGAAGAUGGUGGUGUUCUUGAGAAUGAGAAUAGUGGACUCUACACUAGGGAUGGUUCUGUUGAUAUCAAGGGUAAUCCUGUUUUAAAGAGUGAGACAGGUAACUGGAGAGCUUGCCCCUUUAUUCUUGGUAAUGAAUGUUGUGAACGUUUGGCAUACUAUGGCAUUGCUGCUAAUCUUGUUACCUAUCUUACUACAAAGUUACAUGAGGGAAAUGUAUCAGCUGCUAGAAAUGUGACAACUUGGCAAGGCACUUGUUACCUAACACCCCUAAUUGGGGCUGUACUGGCAGAUGCAUACUGGGGAAGAUAUUGGACGAUUGCUACCUUCUCCACGAUCUACUUCAUCGGCAUGUGCACAUUGACACUAUCAGCUUCAGUUCCUGCUUUUAAGCCCCCUGAAUGUGUGGGUUCUGUGUGCCCUUCAGCAACUCCUGCACAGUAUGCCAUAUUCUUUUUUGGCCUCUAUCUGAUUGCUCUUGGUACUGGUGGGAUCAAGCCAUGUGUUUCGUCAUUUGGAGCUGAUCAAUUUGAUGACACAGAUCCAAAAGAGAGAGUUAAAAAGGGAUCCUUCUUCAACUGGUUCUAUUUUUCUAUCAACAUUGGAGCUUUGAUAUCAAGCAGUUUGAUUGUGUGGAUUCAAGAAAAUGCUGGAUGGGGCCUUGGGUUUGGCAUCCCUGCAGUUUUCAUGGGCAUUGCCAUUGCAAGUUUCUUUUUCGGUACACCACUCUACAGAUUUCAGAAGCCUGGGGGAAGUCCUCUCACAAGAAUGUGCCAGGUUUUGGUUGCAGCAUUCCACAAAUGGAACUUGUCUGUCCCCGAUGAUAGUACACUACUUUAUGAAGCCCCAGACAAAAGCUCUGCAAUAGAAGGAAGCCGAAAGCUGUUGCACACGGAUGAACUGAGGUGCCUUGACAAAGCUGCUGUAGUUUCAGACACUGAAUUGAAUACUGGGGACUAUUCCAAUGCUUGGAGGCUCUGUACUGUUACGCAGGUUGAGGAACUGAAAAUUUUGAUCCGCAUGUUCCCGAUAUGGGCAACUGGUAUAGUCUUUUCUGCUGUUUAUGCACAAAUGUCUACAAUGUUUGUGGAGCAAGGGAUUGUGAUGGACACUGCCAUUGGUUCCUUCAGAAUUCCUGCAGCAUCUCUUUCAACUUUCGAUACCAUAAGUGUUAUUGUGUGGGUCCCAAUCUAUGAUAGGAUCCUUGUUCCAAUUGCAAGGAGGUUUACUGGAAAGGAGAGGGGAUUUUCCGAGUUACAGCGAAUGGGUAUUGGACUUUUCCUUUCAAUGUUGUGCAUGUCGGCUGCUGCUAUCGUUGAGAUCAAGCGCCUGCAACUCGCAAGAGAUCUUGGUUUGGUGGAUGAAGCCGUUGCAGUACCUCUCAGUAUCUUUUGGCAGAUUCCGCAAUAUUUUAUACUGGGAGCAGCUGAGAUAUUUACUUUCAUUGGGCAGCUUGAGUUUUUUUAUGAUCAAUCACCCGAUGCAAUGCGUAGCUUGUGCAGUGCAUUGUCAUUGAUGACAACUGCUUUGGGUAAUUACUUGAGCUCUUUUAUACUGACUGUAGUAACGUCCAUUACAACUCAAGGUGGCAAACCUGGAUGGAUUCCAAACAACUUGAAUGGUGGGCAUCUCGAUUAUUUCUUCUGGCUCUUGGCAGCACUUAGCUUCUGCAACUUAGUAAUCUAUAUUUUUUGUGCCAAAAUGUAUAAAUCCAAGAAGGCAUCCUAAGUCCAAUUUGGAUUUAGCCACCGUCUAUGUUUCAAAAUGAAAGAAAACGUGAUGUAAUGCUCGAUUCUUAUAUGCUAAAAGAUAUCCGAGCAAGUCACAAGCUUCACAGCUUGGAACUUCUGUACGUUAUGAGUUGCCAAACUUUCAAAAGAAUUCCUCUUGUUUUUAAUGUAAAUAUCCGAUGAUGUUAUGUUUGGAGUUCAAAUAUUGGUGUAAGUUGUAACGUCUUAUUGUUCUUUCAAAAUUGCUUGCUUCA